AUGUUUCGUCAGUGCAUUACGUUGGCGGUACUGGGGUGUGUAUUAGCUGCGCCGCAACAUCAGUACCAAACGCAACCUCAACAGGAUCAAGGCAUCCCUCCACAUCUAUUAAGGGAGUACAUUGGCGCCCAACAGCCAGGGCAAGCUCAGACUCAGAUCAUCGCACGCCCAGCACAUCUCGGCGGUGGACCAGCACAAGUUCCAGCAAGAAUUCCGUACCAAGUGCAAGCCGAAAACCAAUACCAACCCCGUCCUCAGUACCAGCCGCAGCCUCAACCCCAGCCCCAGCAGCAAUACCGCCAGCAAUAUGCACAAGAGGCUCCCCAGCGCACUCCCGAAGAUUAUGAUCCUAACCCAUCUUACCAAUUCGGCUUCGACGUGAACGAUGACCAGUACACCAACUACCAAAACCGCAAAGAGCAGAGGGACGGUGACGUCAUCAAGGGCUCUUACUCUGUUGUCGACAGCGACGGUUUUAUAAGGACAGUCACCUACACUGCUGACCCUAAAGAAGGCUUUAAGGCUGAGGUUUCCCGACAACCGACCGACAUUGUGGUGAAAAUACCGACACCAAAGCCACAGACUCUGCAACCCCAGAUCUCUCACGGCCAACAACAAUAUCAACCUCAGCAGCAACUUCAGCACCAACCUCAGCAGCAACCUCACCAACAAGCUCCACAGUAUUACCAGCGUUAUGAGCAAUAG